UCUCAAUGCAGGCUGCCGAAUGUUGGGGGUGGGGGAUGCAGCACAUCAAGAUUAAUAACCUUGCCAUAAUCCGGGGCACCCUGCAAGCAGACACCUCUGCUGAUUGACCCGCUCCUGCCUGGAUGCAUCUGCUUGGGAGAGAGGGAUCCGGAAUCCAUCUAGUCCCGGCACCCCCCCUGAAUUUGGAUGUUCUUUUGAUCCUCUACAGACCUGGGAAGGUAACAGCGAGCCACACCAUCUGCAGCACACAGCAGCUCUUGGAGGUUACUACUGACAGUUUUCAUUACACUGGCUUGUUUGAGUGUGUGUGUGUUUGUAUGUGUUUGUGAGUGUGGGUGCCUGCUUUUGCGCUGAAAGAGAAUGCGUGAGUGUCCGUGGUGUGUGUGUGUGUGUGUGUUUGUGUGACAACCAAAGCAGGUAUAUCGUGCAGUAGGAGAUUUCAACAGCGUGAAAAUAAUCUCGGGGCACUUGGGCUCUCAGUUGUAGCCCCCCACCUCCCACCACCCCUCCCUUCUUCACUCCCCCUUCUCCUUUUGCCUUUGAUGAGUUUUUGGCUUACUUUUUGGCGGAGUCUCUUGGACACGUUUUUGCUGGUGCUGGAAGAUCAGAUAAAUGGAACCUUUGAAAACUGAUUAUUUUUCUCCUAUGUGACUUAAAAAAAAAAAAAAAAAGAAGAGGAGGAGGAGGAGGAAAAGAAAAUAGAGGAGCGCACGACAAGCUAGAGGAUUUUAAAUUUUCCUGGGUGAACUUUGAGGAUCCAUCAAGAAGGUACUGGAUGCCACUUGCAUCUCUGUGGAUAUUUGCUUUCACCCUGAAGUCUAGCUCAUUCGUCAGCAUCUGGGCCUACAACUUAGACCUCCUUUACUACUAUGCUGUUGGUGAUCUGACCUGAAAUGAUUCUCUUUAUUGCAAGGCUGCAAGAUCAUCCAGUGAGAGUGGAGCCAAAUAAGCAGGAACAUCAUCGGAUACACUGAAAGCAUGAGCUAUCACAAGAGCAAGGAUAACCUAUGUAGCAAUAUGGAAACAUCCUGAAAUCACUGUGGAAUCUCAAUAAAUUAACUGGAUUCAAGUCUGGCAAACAGGGAAACCGGUCCGUGGACAAUUUGCUACAGGUGUAAAGAACCAUCAUCUGCAGAAACCCAGAGUGUUUAUUUAACUUCCUUGGAUUUACUCAGGAAGACAAGGACCUGUUGGGUACAUUUGAUAAGAUUGGCAAACACGUUGCCUAUUUACAGCAUAGAGACCCCAAUGGAGAGCUAGAUUGUUUGAACUCCAGACGGACCAACACCAGAUAAAUUAUGAAUGUUGAACAAGAUGACCUUACAUCCACAGCAGAUAAUGAUAGGUCCUAGGUUUAACAGGGCCCUAUUUGACCCCCUGCUUGUGGUGCUGCUGGCUCUUCAACUUCUUGUGGUGGCUGGUCUGGUGCGGGCUCAAACCUGCCCUUCCGUGUGCUCCUGCAGCAACCAGUUCAGCAAGGUGAUUUGUGUUCGGAAAAACCUGCGUGAGGUUCCAGAUGGCAUCUCCACCAACACACGGCUGCUGAACCUUCAUGAGAACCAAAUCCAGAUCAUCAAAGUGAACAGCUUCAAGCACUUGAGGCACUUGGAAAUCCUCCAAUUGAGUAGGAACCAUAUUAGAACCAUUGAAAUCGGGGCCUUCAAUGGUCUGGCGAACCUCAACACUCUGGAACUCUUUGACAAUCGUCUUACUACCAUCCCGAAUGGAGCUUUUGUAUAUUUGUCUAAACUGAAGGAGCUCUGGUUGCGAAACAACCCCAUUGAAAGCAUCCCUUCUUAUGCUUUUAACAGAAUCCCUUCUUUGCGGCGACUAGACUUAGGGGAAUUGAAAAGGCUUUCAUAUAUCUCAGAAGGUGCCUUUGAAGGUCUGUCCAACUUGAGGUAUUUGAACCUUGCCAUGUGCAACCUACGGGAAAUCCCUAACCUCACACCGCUCAUAAAACUCGAUGAGUUAGAUCUUUCUGGGAAUCACUUGUCCGCAAUCAGGCCUGGAUCUUUCCAGGGGUUGAUGCACCUUCAAAAACUGUGGAUGAUACAGUCCCAGAUUCAAGUGAUUGAACGGAAUGCCUUUGAUAACCUGCAGUCACUAGUGGAGAUCAACCUGGCCCACAACAAUCUCACAUUACUGCCUCAUGACCUCUUCACACCCUUGCAUCAUCUAGAGAGGAUACACUUACAUCACAACCCUUGGAACUGUAACUGUGACAUACUGUGGCUCAGCUGGUGGAUAAAAGACAUGGCCCCCUCCAACACAGCUUGCUGUGCCCGGUGUAACACUCCUCCCAAUCUGAAAGGGAGGUACAUCGGGGAGCUUGACCAGAAUUACUUCACAUGCUAUGCUCCCGUGAUUGUGGAGCCCCCCACAGACCUCAACGUCACUGAAGGCAUGGCAGCUGAGCUAAAGUGUCGGGCUUCCACGUCUCUGACAUCCGUGUCUUGGAUUACUCCAAAUGGAACAGUCAUGACACACGGGGCAUACAAAGUACGGAUAGCUGUGCUCAGUGACGGUACAUUAAAUUUCACGAAUGUAACCGUUCAAGAUACAGGCAUGUACACGUGUAUGGUGAGUAAUUCUGUUGGGAACACUACUGCGUCAGCCACCCUGAAUGUUACUGCAGCAACCACUACUCCCUUCUCUUAUUUUUCAACUGUCACAGUAGAGACAAUGGAACCUUCUCAGGAUGAGGCACGGACCACAGACAACAACGUGGGCCCCACUCCCGUGAUCGAUUGGGAGACCACUAAUGUGACCACCUCUCUCAUGCCACAGAGCACAAGGUCGACAGAAAAAACAUUCACCAUCCCAGUGACUGAUAUCAACAGUGGGAUCCCAGGAAUUGAUGAGGUCAUGAAAACUACCAAAAUCAUCAUUGGGUGUUUUGUGGCCAUCACACUCAUGGCAGCGGUGAUGCUGGUCAUCUUCUACAAGAUGAGGAAGCAGCACCAUAGGCAGAACCAUCACGCUCCGACAAGGACUGUUGAAAUCAUUAAUGUGGAUGAUGAGAUCACAGGGGACACACCCAUGGAAAGCCACCUGCCCAUGCCUGCGAUCGAGCAUGAGCACCUAAACCACUAUAAUUCUUACAAAUCUCCCUUCAACCACACAACAACAGUUAACACAAUAAAUUCAAUACACAGUUCAGUGCAUGAACCGUUAUUGAUCCGAAUGAACUCUAAAGACAAUGUACAAGAGACUCAAAUCUAAAACAUUUACAGAGUUACAGAAAACAAACAAUCAAAACAAAAGACAGUUUAUUAAAAAAUGACACAAAUGACUGGGCUAAAUCUACUGUUUCAAAAAAGUGUCUUUACAAAAAAAAAAACAAAAAAGAAAUUUAUUUAUUAAAAAUUCUAUUGU